AUGGUCUUCACCCGUUACCCGGUUCCAGGAAAGACAAAGACAAGACUCAUUCCAGCAAUUGGCCCCGAGAAAGCCGCGAAGCUACAGCAAAACCUCACGUCGCAUACGCUCCGCGCCGUUCUCAAGUUUGCUCACAAUACACAAGCAAUACCGGAAGUCCAUUUUUCUGACGGCGACAAGGACCUCAUGCGUCGUAUGUUCGGGGAUGGCAUUGCUUAUUUGCUGCAAACCGGCGGGUGUCUUGGCGAACGGCUGACAUCGGCGUUCGAGGCGGCCUUUCAAGCCGGCGCCGAUCGCGUGAUCGUGAUUGGUUCCGAUUGUCCAAGAAUCGAUUCGGCGACAUUAGCGAAAGCGAAUACCCUGCUGGAAAAAGCAGACAUGGUGAUCGGUCCUGCUGAGGAUGGGGGAUAUUAUCUGCUUGGUUUGAAGGCCCCGCGGCCUGAACUUUUCCAGGCAAUACCCUGGGGUGGCGGGGACGUUUUGUCAGCCACACUGCAAGCUGCCAAACAGAUGCAACUAACCACCCAGCAGCUUCCCGCGUUACCCGAUGUCGACUAUCCGGAAGACCUGAUUCC